AUGGAUGAGGGAUCUUCAAGCAGCGAGAAUGAGGAAGACGACCAAAUGACCGAACGCCCGUACAACGAACUGCUGCAGCUGCUGAACACCAACAUCUCCGAGUCCAAAGAACCAGCGCGGAAGAAGAGAAAAGUCACUACCGACCAACAACCAGUGCAAGAGGAAGUACCUGACGAGGAGGAUGACUUGCAAGCGCAGGCACCAUCUGACGACGAAGAGGAUCUCCAAGAGGACGACGGCGAGGGCGACGACAACAGCCCUUUUGAGAGACAUUUCAAUCUCCCUGAUGAAUCUGAGUUGCCCAAGAAGAUCGAGGCGAUUAAAUCGAACAAAUGGAUUUCGGCUAAGAAGGAAUUGCCGGGCGCACUGCGGCUGGUGAAUACGGUCCCUGACACGGGAGAUGCCAAGGAUGUAUCACUACUGGCAGGCAUGAAGAGUACGGCCCAUAUCAAGGCUCGUGCCGCAGAGGCCUUUCCCGCCAUCACCGGCUCUGCGCAGCACCUAGCGCCCUAUGUAUUUGACUAUCAAGACGUCCUGUUCGGGGCGCGUGCAACAUCCGAUGCUGGUGCCCUACAAGACAUUAUGGCCCUCCACGCCGUCAACCAUCUCCUGAAGACCCGUGAUCAGGUGCUCAAGAACAACUCUCGUCUAGCCAAGGACCCAGACACCGACAUCGACUGUCGCGAUCAGGGAUUCACGCGCCCCAAGAUUCUUUACAUCCUACCUACGCGGCAGGCUUGCGUGAGAGUUGUCAACGCCAUCACUCGGAUCUACCAGGCUGAGCAGCAGGAGAACAAAAAGCGUUUCAUGGACACGUUCUCAGCGCCAGAGGACUCGACGUGGGAGCACAAGAGCGACGAUUUCCGAGAGCUUUUUGGCGGCAACAACGACGAUAUGUUCCGGCUAGGAUUGAAGUUCACCCGAAAGACAGUCAAGUACUUUGCCCAGUUCUACAAUUCGGAUAUCAUCCUGGCAAGUCCACUUGGACUACGGACAAUCAUGGAUCAGUCUGAGUAA